AUGGAUUAUUGCGACGCGCUCGCCAAUCACCUUCUCACUCAAUGCUUACUUCGUGGUCCACGGAUUGAAAAGUUAGUAGUUCCAGUAUCCGAAGGUAAUUUAACUAAGUAUUAUGUUUACAACGAACAAUUGUUUCAACUAUUGAAUGAAACACAUACACCUGUGGGACAUGGAGGUAGAAACCGUAUGGAUACAAUUAAAAAAGGUUUAGUUGUAAAACCUAUACUUUCAUCAGAAAUUAAUUCUCGCUGUCAAGUGGAUUUAAUAGACAUGCAAGCUCAGCCUGAUGACCAUUACAAGUUCAUAAUGGUCUAUCAAAAUCACCUUACGAAGUUCGUAAUUCUUAGACCGUUAACUCAUAAACGGGCUGAAGAAGUAGCCUACGUGUUAAUUGAUAUUUUUACAACAUUUGGAGCCCCGGCAAUUUUGCAGAGUGAUAAUGGAAGGGAAUUCGCCAAUAAAGUUGUUAUUGAGUUGUGUAGUAUGUGGGAAGAACUUAAGAUUGUCCACGGAAAGCCUAGACACUCACAAAGUCAAGGGUCUGUUGAAAGGGCCAACCAAGAUAUUCAAAAUAUUCUCGCAACAUGGUUAGCCGAUAAUAAUUCCAGAAAGUGGAGCGAAGGUCUUAAAUUUGUUCAAUUUAUGAAGAAUCGGAGUUUUCACCAUGGUACAAAACGUUCGCCAUACGAAGCUAUGUUCGGAACACGUGCUAAAGUUGGCCUAAAAUCAACCCAAAUUCCAACCGAUUUAAUUUCUACUUUAAAAUCAGAGGAAGAUUUAGAAAAAGCUCUAGGCUGUGGAAUUAAUAUCAAAAACAUAAACGAGAAACACGAAAAAAGUGAUGGAAGUGAUAAGGACAGUGCAAAAGAACUUUUUUCUGAUGAAGAUGAAAACGAUCAAAUAAAAUUGAGAAUAGAAUCAAUUUCUUCAAAUCGAUCGAAAUCUGCUGAAAAUCUUAAAGUACAAGCUAAAAAAAUGAAGAAUUUAUCUGAAGAACGUUUUUUUCCAGGAAAAGAAGGAGAAAAUGUUAAAAUAAAAAUUCCUGAUGUAGAUCGAGCAAGAUGUGAUCUUCGGUGUAAUCUGGGAGUUAUACUUUCUGUAAAAGAUAAUUUAUAUGAAAUUGGAACAAACGAGGGCAGACUACAUCAACUCUACAGUCGGAACCAAUUCACAAUAUGCAAAGAGGUGUUUAUCCAGGCUGAUGAUGUACCACCAGUACACAUUUCAUUAAGAGAAGUGGCAAGAUGUAAAAUGUAA